CGAACAACUAACUCUUUCUCUGCAAUUCCUGCAUUUCAGAAGUAUUAUUAUUAGAACUAGUGCAAAAUGGCAGAUGGAGAGGACAUUCAGCCACUCGUCUGCGACAAUGGAACUGGAAUGGUUAAGGCUGGAUUUGCUGGAGAUGAUGCCCCACGAGCUGUGUUUCCUAGCAUUGUUGGUCGGCCUCGUCAUACCGGUGUGAUGGUGGGCAUGGGCCAGAAAGAUGCAUAUGUGGGCGAUGAAGCUCAGUCGAAGAGAGGUAUUUUAACUCUCAAGUACCCGAUUGAGCAUGGUAUUGUCAACAACUGGGACGAUAUGGAGAAGAUCUGGCAUCACACGUUCUAUAACGAGCUACGUGUUGCCCCUGAGGAGCACCCUGUUCUCCUGACUGAGGCUCCACUCAACCCUAAGGCUAACAGAGAGAAGAUGACUCAGAUUAUGUUCGAGACAUUUAAUGCUCCUGCUAUGUAUGUCGCCAUUCAGGCUGUUCUGUCUCUGUAUGCCAGUGGUCGUACUACUGGUAUUGUGCUGGAUUCUGGUGAUGGUGUCAGUCACACUGUCCCCAUCUAUGAGGGGUACUCACUACCACAUGCCAUUCUUCGUAUCGAUUUGGCUGGGCGUGACCUUACUGAAUACCUGAUGAAAAUCCUCACUGAACGUGGUUACUCUUUUACUACCUCAGCAGAGCGGGAAAUUGUGAGAGACAUGAAGGAAAAGUUGUCUUACAUUGCCCUGGAUUACGAGCAGGAGCUUGACACUGCAAAGACUAGCUCUUCCGUGGAGAAGAGCUUUGAGUUGCCUGAUGGGCAGGUGAUCACCAUUGGCAACGAGCGCUUCAGGUGCCCUGAGGUCCUCUUCCAGCCCUCAAUGAUAGGUAUGGAAGCUGCUGGUGUCCACGAGACCACGUACAACUCCAUCAUGAAGUGUGACGUGGAUAUUAGGAAGGACUUGUAUGGAAACAUCGUACUCAGUGGUGGUACUACCAUGUUCACCGGUAUUGCUGACAGAAUGAGCAAGGAAAUCACGGCCCUCGCUCCAAGUAGCAUGAAGAUCAAGGUCGUUGCACCGCCCGAGAGGAAAUACAGCGUCUGGAUUGGAGGCUCCAUCUUGGCAUCCCUCAGCACUUUCCAACAGAUGUGGAUUGCAAAGGCUGAAUAUGAUGAGUCUGGUCCAUCUAUUGUGCAUAGGAAGUGCUUCUAAAGAUGGGGAUGCAUGAUUUUUUUUUCUUACAGCGGCUGGAAGUGCAGGUCACAGCACACUAGUUAUAACUUUGAUUUUUUGUUCUUGUUUUUUGUUGCUGGUUCUAAUUUUGAAUCGAUGAACUUGAGAGGCCAGGUUUUUAUUUCUUUGUAUGCUCUUAUUAUCCUUGAUAAGUUUUUGGGCAUAGUUUCUUUUGUACUUCAA